GGAGCGCGCAGCCCUUGCGGCCCGGGAGCGGAGCGCGCCCACCGGGGACGCUGCCUGGCUGCGAGUCGGCCGAGCGCCUCUGGCCCGAGAUGAUGCUCCUCAGCCCCUGGUCGGGCCCGGGGAGGGCUCGGGGGCGGCCGUCGGGGUCUCCCCGCCGUGGGCUCUCGCCGCCCUGGAGCCCCGCCUGGAUUUGCUGCUGGGCGCUCGCCGGGUGCCGGGCGGCCUGGGCUGGGGACCUGGCCGCCGCCGCCAGCCGCCCGCUGCCUCCUUGCCAGGAGAGAGAUUACCACUUUGAAUAUACAGAAUGUGAUAGCAGUGGCUCCAGGUGGAGGGUUGCCAUUCCGAAUUCUGCGGUGGACUGCUCAGGCCUGCCGGACCCUGUGAGAGGCAAAGAAUGCACUUUCUCCUGUGCAUCUGGAGAGUACCUAGAAAUGAAGAACCAGGUAUGCAGUAAAUGUGGCGAAGGCACCUACUCCUUGGGCAGUGGCAUCAAAUUUGAUGAGUGGGAUGAAUUGCCAGCCGGAUUUUCCAACGUUGCAACUUUCAUGGACACUGUGGUUGGCCCUUCUGAUAGUAGGCCAGUCGGCUGUAACAACUCUUCUUGGAUCCCUCGUGGGAAUUACAUCGAGUCAAAUCGUGAUGACUGCACAGUGUCACUGAUUUAUGCUGUGCACCUCAAGAAGUCAGGCUAUGUCUUCUUUGAGUACCAAUAUGUUGAUAACAACAUCUUCUUUGAAUUCUUUAUUCAAAAUGACCAGUGCCAGGAGAUGGACAGCACUGCUGACAAGUGGGUGAAGCUCACGGAUAGUGGAGAAUGGGGCUCUCGUUCUGUAAUGCUGAAAUCAGGCACAAACAUAUUAUACUGGAGAACUACUGGCAUCCUUAUGGGAUCUAAGGCAGUCAAGCCAGUGUUGGUAAAAAAUAUCACAAUUGAAGGGGUGGCAUACACAUCAGAAUGCUUUCCAUGCAAGCCAGGCACCUUUAGCAACAAGCCAGGUUCCUUCAACUGCCAAAUUUGUCCCAGAAACACUUAUUCUGAGAAAGGAGCCAAAGAAUGCAUAAAGUGUGCCGAGGACUCCCAGUUCUCAGAGGAAGGAUCUGCAGAGUGUAUGGAGCGCCCUCCCUGUACCACAAAAGACUAUUUCCAGAUCCACACUAGAUGUGAUGAAGAAGGAAAGACACAGAUCAUGUACAAGUGGAUAGAGCCCAAAAUCUGCCGAGAGGAUCUUACAGAUGCUAUUAGGUUGCCCCCUUCUGGAGAGAAGAAGGAUUGUCCGCCUUGCAACCCAGGAUUUUAUAACAAUGGUUCAUCAUCUUGCCAUCCCUGCCCCCCUGGAACGUUUUCAGAUGGAACAAAGGAAUGUAGACCAUGUCCAGCUGGAACAGAGCCUGCACUUGGAUUUGAAUAUAAAUGGUGGAAUGUCCUUCCUGGUAACAUGAAAACUUCCUGCUUCAAUGUUGGGAAUUCAAAGUGUGAUGGAAUGAAUGGUUGGGAAGUAGCUGGUGAUCAUAUCCAGAGUGGGGCUGGAGGUUCUGAUAAUGAUUAUCUGAUUUUAAACUUGCAUAUCCCAGGAUUUAAACCUCCAACAUCUAUGACUGGAGCCAUGGGUUCUGAACUAGGAAGGAUAACAUUUGUGUUUGAGACACUCUGUUCUGCAGACUGUAUUCUAUACUUCAUGGUGGAUAUUAAUAGAAAAAGUACCAAUGUGGUGGAAUCAUGGGGUGGAACCAAAGAGAAACAAGCUUAUACUCACAUCAUCUUUAAGAAUGCAACACUGACAUUUACAUGGGCUUUCCAAAGAACUAAUCAGGGUCAAGAUAAUAGACGGUUCAUCAAUGAUGUGGUGAAGAUUUAUUCUAUCACAGCCACUAAUGCAGUUGAUGGGGUGGCAUCCUCAUGCCGUGCCUGUGCCCUUGGUUUUGAACAGUCGGGCUCAUCGUGUGUCCCCUGCCCCCCAGGCCAUUACAUUGAGAAAAAAAACAACCAGUGCAAAGAGUGUCCAUCAGAUACCUACCUAUCCAUACAUCAGGUCUAUGGCAAGGAGGCUUGUAUUCCAUGUGGGCCCGGGAGUAGAAGCACUCAGGAUCAUUCAGUCUGCUAUAGUGACUGCUUUUUCUACCAUGAGACGGAUAAUCAGAGUUUGCACUAUGACUUCAGUAACCUUAGUAGCGUAGGAUCAUUAAUGAACGGCCCCAGCUUUACUUCCAAAGGAACAAAAUACUUCCAUUUCUUCAAUAUCAGUUUAUGUGGGCAUGAGGGUAAGAAGAUGGCUCUUUGUACCAAUAAUAUCACAGAUUUUACAGUAAAGGAAAUGGUAUCAGGGUCCGAUGAUUACACAAAUUUGGUAGGAGCAUUUGUAUGUCAGUCCACCAUUAUUCCUUCUGAAAGUAAGGGCUUCAGAGCAGCCUUAUCAUCACAAUCCAUCAUUUUGGCGGAUAUAUUUUUAGGAGUAACAGUUGAAGCUACACUGCAAAAUAUUAAUAUAAAAGAAGAUAUGUUUCCAGCUCCCCCAAACCAAACACCAGAUGUGCAUUUCUUUUAUAAGUCUUCAACAGCAACAACAUCUUGUGUUAAUGGCCGAUCAACUGCUGUGAAAAUGAGAUGUAAUCCUGCUAAACCAGGGGCAGGAAUGAUUUCAGUCCCCAGCAAGUGCCCAGCAGGCACCUGUGAUGGCUGUACUUUCUUUUUCCUUUGGGAGAGCGCUGAAGCUUGCCCUCUAUGCACAGAGCAUGACUUCCAUGAGAUUGAGGGGGCCUGUAAGAGAGGACUUCAGGAAACCUUAUAUGUAUGGAAUGAACCUAAAUGGUGCAUUAAAGGAAUUUCUUUGCCUGAGAAAAAGUUGUCAACCUGUGAAACAGUUGAUUUUUGGCUAAAAGUGGGUGCUGGUGUAGGAGCUUUCACAGCUGUUUUGCUGGUGGCUCUAACUUGUUACUUCUGGAAAAAGAAUCAAAAACUAGAGUACAAAUACUCCAAAUUAGUAAUGACAACCAACUCAAAAGAAUGUGAACUCCCAGCUGCAGACAGUUGUGCUAUUAUGGAAGGAGAAGAUAAUGAAGAAGAAGUUGUAUAUUCAAAUAAACAGUCAUUACUAAGAAAACUCAAAUCCUUGGCAACAAAGGAAAAAGAAGACCAUUUCGAAUCUGUUCAGCUGAAAUCUUCAAGAUCCCCAAAUAUAUGAAAAGACAGUGCUAUAACCUUCAGACUAAUGAAACAAAAACAAAAACACCUGCCCUCUAGUUUUACAGGACCAUAGUUUAGAGCAUGUCCUCUUACCUGGCACAUUGGUGAUCUCACAGAGGAGGACCAUGCUACUGAAAAGGGAAGGAGGUUGAAAUGUUUCGUUGCCUUAUCACAUGGUCAAGUUUCUUGCCAAAAUUAGGAAAGCAAUUGCUUGGGUCUCAACUGAAGAAGAAGCUCAACUCAGGAAGAGAUUUGCUGUAUAUAUGUGUAACUGAAAACCCAUCAGUGCAUUGCCAAUGCAUGUCAUAUACUUAAUGGGUAACUUCUGUUCUUUAUAAUUUCAACAUAAAAGGUGUGCUUGGAGAUACAAUGUGAGCUUCUGUGCAUUGUGAUUCAUCUAUGUCUAUAUUUGGGGAAAGAUUUGGAAACAGUUUUAAGCUAUACUUUUCUUUUCCAUUAUUUAUUUUUCCUGAAAGACCUUAAAGCAUCUUUUCUAUUAAAAUGGUGAACAAAGAAA